AUGCUCCAAUGUGCAGCACCACCACCUCCCGCCCAGGUGUGCCUGGCUGCCUUGCUCCUUGUAUUCCUGGGCCGGGCCUGGAUCCUAGCGGUCCUCCACCUGGUCCGGCUCCUUGUAUUCCUGGGCCGGGCCUGGAUCCUAGCGGUCCUCCACCUGGUCCGGCUCCUUGUAUUCCUGGGCCGGGCCUGGAUCCUAGCGGUCCUCCACCUGGUCCGGCUCCUUGUAUUCCUGGGCGGGGCCUGGAUCCUAGCGGUCCUCCACCUGGUCCGGCUCCAUGUAUUCCUGGGCCGGGCCGGGAUCCUAACGGUCCUCCACCUGGUCCGGCUCCUUGUAUUCCUGGGCCGGGCCGGGAUCCUAGCGGUCCUCCACCUGGUCCGGCUCCCUGGAGACAGAAACACACCUGGGGCAGGAGGCCACUGCUCCGCCUGCAUCCGCAACCGGGCCAUUCGCAGACAUAUCCGUGACCACCUCCCCACCUCGGCGAGGCACUCGGGAACGGUGCGCUGGCUGGGAGCAGGGCUUCAGAAUGGACUCUCGGGACCUUCACCCCCGAAGUCCAAUGUCAGCUCCCCAGUAGGGUGUGCACCCUCUUUCCCCCAGCUGGUUAAAACCGCAGAUCUGGAUCCCUCCUGGAACUACCUCUUUGGUUUCCACCCUCACGGGGUCCUGGUCAGCGGGGCCUGCAGCAACUUCUGCACAGAGGCCACUGGCUUCUCCCACCUCUUCCCUCACCUCCAGCCCCACCUGCUCACGCUGCCCUGUUGGUUCCAGCUCCCUGUCUUCCAGGACUACAUCAUGUGUGCUGGAUCAGUGUCCUGGGACAAGACCAGCGCCUCCUAUCUCUUGUCCCGGCCCCGGGGCCUCCUGGGAGUGGGAGGGCCCCUGGAGGCGUGGGAGGCAAAGCCCGGAGCGCUGAGCUUUCGAAUUCGGAAUCAGAAGAGAUUUGUCAAGUUGGCGCUGGAAGAGGGCAGCGCUGCCGGGGAGGAGACCUCCCUGGUGCCAGUCUUCUCUUUCGGGGAGAACUAGCUCAUCCAGCAGUUUCCGAACCCGCCGGGCUCAUGGGUGCGAAGGACACAGGAAGCGCUGCAGCCACUGCUGAGAGUGGCCCUGCCGCUGUUCCACGGCCCCCGGGGGCCUCCUCCUGCCCUUCCGCACGCCCAUCCACACCGUCGGCGAGCCCCGGCCUCUACCCGCUCCGCUAUCCGGCCCGCCCGCCUGCUCCUCCCGGGCUGAAGGCCCCUGCACCCUCCCCGCGCCGGGAGGUGAAGGCCCCCCCGGUUGGGGCCUGACAUCCUGGACUCCGGCCAUGCCCCCAGGCUGCCUUUGGCAACCGCGCCAGCCCUGAACUCUGUCCCAGUUAAUCGCGGCGAGCGAGAAGGUGACCUGCGGGCGGCUGCUAGCGACCACUCCUCUGGCCUCCUGUUCUGCCCACAGUGGGGGCCCCGAUCCCGGCGCAGCGAACCCCGCGGCCCAGCCGGGCGCGGGUGGACGCGCAGCACGAGGUCUACUUGGAGCGGCUCAAGCAGCUGUUGAAAGAGCACAAGGCGCGCUCUGGCGUCCCCGCCGACGGGCACCUCCCCCCACCUAGACGCGCCGCCGGCCCCCACCGGUGCCCUCGGUGACUGUGGGUGGGCACUGAAAUUAAAGGUGGGUACAGACCUGCGGUGUGUGUGUGUUUGUACUUGGCGGGGGAAGUCCGCGCGCCUGGCCGGGCCUCGGAGGGGACCAGACACUCCCGGAGACCCGCAGACACACCCGGGGCGCGCGU